AUGAACCGAUCUACCAACUCUACUGUCUCCGGCUCUCCGUCUGUCGUGCCAUUUGACAUGUCAAUCCUACAAAUUGUCAUGUUCCUCAACUCCAAAGUCCUACUCCUUCAAAUCAUCUUCGGAUGCGGGGGCAACAUUCUGAACCUGGUUGUCCUACUGAGCAGAGCUAUGAGGAGUAGGACGAACCUCAUCUUCGCAGCUAUGGCAUUUGCAGACUUGUUCUUUCUGAUUCUUCAUAUUCCAUCUGUUCUCUUCUUCAUCGGAACCAUUCGAGAUGCUCCAUGGUACCGAAACGGGUUCUCUCAAGUGAUCGCAGGAAUAUUAAAUUGGUUCUCAGCUAGUUCGAUUUGGUUCAUGAUGUAUGCUACGAUUGAGAGAGUUCAGGUGUUCAGAAGUCCAUUCAGAACAUCCAAGAGAUCCGCAUCCACCCGCUUUUUCCUGACCCUUUUCUCGAUUGCUUUCUUCUGUCUCCUCCUCACAAUCGUACAUUUCAUCAACCCAAAAACACGUGCGGCCAGCAAGUAUGCCCGUUAUGUUGUGUACAUCCAUAUGAUCUUUGUGGUCAUCAUCCCAAUGUUUCUAUCAACGUCUCUCAAUAUUUUGCUGGUUUGUGCUCUUCGAAGAAACUCAAUGCCAUUAAGGAUGUUGAAUGAUUCGCAUGUUCAUAAGAGUUUGAUUGUGCAGAGGACAAGGACAGAGAGAAAGGUCACCGCAAUGGUUACCGUAAUCCUGAGCUCCUUCAUCGCGUGCAACGCCCCUGGAGCCGUGGUCUUUGUCAUGAAAGAAAGCGACGAUCAUUUCGACGAAAGCCGCCGACACAUCCUCAUGCAAGCCAUCUGCAAUUCGUUGGCAGUCACUGGCAAAGUUCUCAACUUCCUGCUCUUCUGCCUCUCAUCGGAGCACUUCCGUGCGCUUCUCAAGAAACGUCUUUGCUAUUUAUUUCGCCUACAUCACGACUCAUCGCGGCGUCAAAACAUGAGCACUACCGCAACCAAGACAUUCAGUGUGCCAUUGAAUGAUUUGUGA